AGUGUUUGACUGACUCUCUGGCUGGAUGCACUGACAGCCAGUCCUGCUGCAUCGUCAGCUAUCCUUCAGUUUCUGCAGUGGCCUGGGAUCAGUCCUUAGUGAUUUCACUGCCUUGACUCACCACAGAUCUUUUACAGCGGGAAUCCACUUAAAGCUUUUGGAGUUUCCUUGUGAACCGUCAAGCAGGACUGGAGACAUAUUUCAAACCAGGACAGGAUACUGAACAGGGACCUAAAGGGAAUCAGGUGGGACCCACAAGUGACUCGCGACCCUCCGGUUUGGGAAUCAUUCAUUGACUGGACGUAAGGCAGGACCUUGGGCCACCAGGCCUGUCUCUUCUCUCCUCUCUUUCCUUCAGCCUGUGGAGUAACUGGGCCUCAGGAUGGAGUGCAUAAAGCACAUUAUAAAGAGCAUGGUCUCUGUGAAGGUUUGGGCGUACAUCAAGGGCUACUGUAAACGCAACGGGUUGCUAACGCUCUCGGUCAUCGCCGUGGUUUCUGGCUGUGUGCUCGGCUUCUCCCUCCGCAGCUUCAACCUCUCCACGCAGGCUAAGAUCUACUUCUCGUUCCCUGGAGAACUGCUGAUGAGGAUGUUGAAGAUGCUGAUCCUGCCUCUCAUCACAUCCAGUCUGAUGUCGGGGCUGUCAGCCAUGGACACUAAGGCCAGCGGGCGGCUGGGGGUGCUAACCAUCACUUACUACCUGUGGACCACCUUCAUCGCUGUCAUCGUCGGCAUCAUCCUGGUGCUGGUCAUCCACCCUGGUACGGGCACAGAGAAGGACGGGCACAGAGCAGGGUCAGGGCCCGUUAUGACUUCUGCUGAUGCUCUGCUGGACCUCAUCAGGAACAUGAUUCCCUCCAAUCUGAUAGAGGCAACUUUUCAACAGUACCGUACAGACCUGGUGCCCAUAGUGGCCUCCAGUUUGGUGGAGUCCCAGGCCAACUACGUCUACGUGAUGCCCGACCACAACAACCCUCAGCUGGGCCACCCGGUCUUCCUGGAGAUCACCCCAGCUCCAGACAUCAAGUACAAGAUCGUCCCUGGCCACAGCUCUGGCAUGAACGUACUGGGGAUUGUCAUCUUCUCUGCUACUAUGGGCCUGCUCCUGGGGAAGAUGGGCGAGAGAGGCGCUCCAUUGGUCAAUGUGUGUCAGUGUGUCAACGAGUGUGUUAUGAAGAUCAUCAAUGCUGCCAUGUGGUAUUUCCCUUUCGGCAUUGUGUUCCUGGUAGCAGGGAAGAUCCUGGACAUGCAUGACCCCGCCCACCUGGGAGAGAAGCUGGGGAUGUACUUCAUCACAGUGUUAGCCGGCCUGUUUGUCCAUGGACUCAUCCUGCUGCCGCUCUUCUACUUUGUAAUCACACGCAAAAACCCCUUCACCUACAUCAGAGGCCUGCUACAGGCUCUGGUCAUCGCCCUGGCAACCUCCUCCAGUUCUGCCACCCUGCCCAUCACCAUGAAGUGUCUGUUGGAGAACUGUGGAGUGGACAGACAGAUCGCCAGGUUUGUCCUUCCAGUGGGAGCCACCAUCAACAUGGAUGGGACAGCCCUCUACGAGGCCGUGGCAGCCAUUUUUAUCGCUCAGGUCAACGAGUACGAACUGGACUUUGGUCAGCUGGUCACCAUCAGUAUCACAGCAACAGCGGCCAGUAUCGGGGCUGCUGGGAUUCCGCAGGCGGGCCUGGUUACCAUGGUGAUCGUCUUGACCUCUGUGGGGCUGCCGCCCGCUGACAUCACACUGAUCGUGGCCAUCGACUGGGUCCUGGAUCGUUUCAGGACCAUGAUCAAUGUGUUGGGAGACGCUCUGGCUGCAGGCAUCAUGUGUCACCUCUGUAAGAAGGACUUUGAGAGGAGGGAGUCAAACGCUAACUCUGCCCGGAGGGACACAGUGAUCUCCUUCGGUGGCCAGAGUGUCCAGAGUUGUGCCCUGUCCGAAGCUCCUCUCAUGGACUAUGCCCAUCGCUGUGACUAUGUCUACGAGGUGGAAGGUGACUGUGUCACAGAGAGAUCUGGCCCCACUUACAACCUGUGUCAAGUUUAGGAGAAACCUGUUCCCUGUUACAACCUGUGACCUGUGUUACAAAGAAACCGGUCCCCGGCUGCAACCCGUAUCACAGAGAAUCUGGUCCCCUUCUACAUGCUGUCACAAACAAACCCGUCCCCAGCUACAAACUGUUUGGUCUGAGACACUUUCACUGGACAGACAGCAGGGGGCACUGCCCGCCUUCAACAGAGACAUUUCUAUUUACAUGAAUAUACAUAGUUGUCCUGAUAUCAAUGGCUUUGGACUGGGGAAUUACAAUGGGACUGGGAAACAACCCUGCACUGAAACAGAGUUUGCACUUUUCUGAUGUGCAUUUAUCAGGAGUUGACUAUAAUGUAUUCAUAAUGUUCUCUGAUGGAUCAGUUGGUUGAUGAUGUGCUCACACCACUAAUUGUUGUGCGGUUGAUUCCCGCACAUGCAGUAAGUCGCUUUGGUAAAUGUUCAACUAUUUACUGUCUGAUGAUCACACCUGUGCCAUGAUGAGGAAGCAGGUUUUCCUCAUCGUUUUGUGACUGGCUAUCUAGGCUACUGUAACCUACCAGUGACAGGGACUUACUUAUACAUUAGGUCCACUAGGGUGCAUGUUAUGUCCGAGUCAGUUUUCCUUCUUUAGCUCAAUGCAGAUUCCGCUCAGGACACCAUUUUGGUGCCACAAUGUACUGCAGCACAGAGCACUUUUUAGGCAACCAGGUGGCAUUAUGGACACCAUUUUGGUUCAAUGUGCUGCUGACUGUGAAGAUAGAUGACAAGCACUUUCAGAGUUUUUUGAAACCUUGUUUGGUAUCAGAAUGGUUAUAGAUACUUGCAUGAAGAUGCAAUAUUUAGGGCAGGAGUAUUCAACUCUGACCCUACGAGGUCCAGAGCCAGCUGGUUUUCUGUUCUACCUGCUAAUUAAUUACACCCAUCUGGUGUCCCGGGUCUAAAUCAGGCCCUGAUUAGAGGGGAACAGUGAAAACAUGCAGUGGAACUGACUUCUGAGGUCCAGAGUUGAGUUUGAGGGUUCUAGAGAUAUAACAGUAGUUUAAAACAAAUGUGAGUGUGACUACUGAUUAUUUAGUCAUAUUUUUUUUUUUAUGGUUUAAACUUAAAUGUUGCAUUUGGACAUUUUUAUUUUCCAGUUAGGUUUUGGAGUUGCCUUAAAAUGUUCUUAAUAACUGGUCACCGUUGCAGAGAAUGUUGCAACCACGAAAGUGCUGAAAUUGACAGAACUUAAUACUGAAAAUGUGUUUAAAUAUAGUCAGUGACUAGGGGUAAAUCCUCUCGUCGUUACCUCUGUUAACCUAAUUAUAACAAACACAGAAUGGUUAACUGAUAUUUCAAUGUCUUAUUGGUAGAUUUACUGUAGAUUUCACUGUAAUGUACAUCUUUGACCACCUAGGAUCUAGAAGAAACUUCUCAAAAUGUUUUUACAUACAAAUGAAAAUUACUGUGGUGUCCAUGCAAGAUACUUGUCUUGUACAUUGUUAUGUUCUAAUCCAAUUUGAAAUGUAAUGAUUUGAGCAUAACUUUUCCCCCCACCUCACAGUACACACAAUAAGCCAAAAGGACGAUCCUGCUGAGCUUUAUAAAGCUUACAGAUAUUUUAUUCAAAGUAAUUGUGUGUUAGACAGGUUCUGAACAGGCCUUCCUUCAAAACCAAACAGAGGAAAUCAAAAUGAAUCCAUUAACAAAGUCAAAAGGAACACACUCCAACACAAAAAAAUGUACAAACAUGUAAAACUACAUACAAGUCAAAUAAAUUACGUCUUUGUGCCUCCACUGCUGUUGCCAGGUUCUUCCAUCUCUCCCACAUAAAUUAAGGCUAAAAACAGAGGUUAACCAUAAUCUAUUUACUCCAGUAAACCCACUAGCAUUUCAACAUAGUAGCACUGAGAAGCUAGCAAAGCAAGAGCUGAUUAGUAUAACUCAAUAGAAAAAUAU